AUGGAGGAGUGUUUUUUCGAGCUACUUGAGUUUAAUAUUCAUGUGUCUGCCAGCGUUUAUGCGAAAUAUUUCUUUGACCUGCGUGCCUUGGCGUACGACCAUGACCUGUGUUUUCUAUUUAGUUUUCUUCGCAAAGAUAAAGCACAGAGAUUGAAGGCUAUGUCACAGCCGUGUGAAUACAAAGACUUGCAACAAGAUGUCGCCCCUAUGAGAAGGGCCGUCAGCAUGGAUUUCAUCGGCAUUCGGCAUACGAAUGCCAUCUUACCUUAAAGAGAGAAAUCAGCAGUAUAAGAUCCUGGACUUGCCAACUAUAAGAACUACAAAAUAUCACUUCUACUGCUGAAAAAGUCCAGGAAAAUUAGGAUUUUCUUUUUUUAUGUUUUUUAAAAAAAUUUUUAUUGUUGUUUUUGUUGUUAUUGUUGUUGCUAUUGUUGUUGUUGGUGAUUAGGAUUUUUAUAGAGCAGAGGCUUCUUCAAAUAACCACACUGUGAAGCUGGGUGAUGGCGGCAUGAACAGUGGUGCCAGGGGCUACCUGCCCUUCUUGUUCCACUGAGUCCAGAUGGCAUUCCUAGGGCACCAUCUUCUUGAACAACUCUUGGGGAGGAAGACUGUCACAUGGACACAGCACAUCCUAGUUCAGAGUCCUCAGUCACCCACAGUCCCAAGCA